AUGCAGCAGGAACGAACAGAGACAGACUCGGCUAGCGAUGCUCUGUCCUGCUCCUAUAGUUGUGAUUCAGAAAGGCUGAUGGCGCCUCAGGUUAACCCCCUAACAGGUGCUGCCUUCAGCCUGCCUUCUAUAGGAUCUAUCAACUGGAACAUGGACCCUGCGACAACACAGACACUCCCUGGCCUUCAUCCUCCUCACAGUCUCCUGUUAAACCAGACCUCAGACAAUGCCAGUGCCUCAACACUAAAUGGCAGCACCAGCCCAUUUACAAAUGACAGUAGUAGUAACGCUAUCAGUAGAUCCUGUGGCAAAGAGAAGCGCUUCCCAUGUUCAUUCUGUGGGAAAGCCUUCAGUUUCCCCAAACAGGUGGAGAUCCACCAGAAGAUUCACAUGGAGGAGAAACCGUUCGCCUGCCACCUGUGCCGGGCCAGUUUCUCCCACUCGUCCAAGCUGAAGAGGCACCAGAGGGUCCACACAGGGGAGACAUCCUACAGCUGCCCCCAGUGUGAGAAGAGGUUCUCCCACAAGCACCAGCUGAAGAUGCACCUGAAGAUGCAAAUGGGAGAGAGACCGUUUGCCUGUACACACUGUGGGAAGGUUCUCAGAAAGGAGCUCUCAGGAUACACCAGCAGAAAAUGCACAUGGCCCAUGUAACAGUGCUAGUUAGUUUGUAGUUAAUUCUGUUGGUUUUGGAUGUUUAGGGAACUGAGAAAAGAAUGAGUAUGAUGAGGCAGAGUAGAUGAUAUGGUGAUGGUUGGUGUGAUGGUAUCUGUAAAAAUGCUUCACUGAUGAAGAGUGACAACUAAUUCCCUUUAGGUUGAUGCUGGUGUUUUAUAGUAAGAUAGUGCCUUAAUUCAUGUUUACUUGACAUAAAAUAGUGAAGCCUUUUUAAUGUAAUGAACCUUUUCCAAAUUAUUCUAAAAUAUAAAAAAAUAUCAAAGCAAGGGUGGCAGAUUUACAGAAAAGGUAGAGUGUUACCAUAGUGAGAAAAGUUAUUCUACUUGCCACGUAUCGUUUUGUGCAGUAAACGUUCUGUACUUAACUAUUUUAAUGAAAUUAAAUACAAAAUUGACUGUG